AUGAAAUACUUAUCAACUUUAUUUAUUGUACUUUGUUCCAUUAUCUUGGUUAAUGCUAACCUCUAUGGUAUUUGGGAUCAAAACGGAGAGGCCAACUUUGGUCAAGUCGACACAAGUUCAGGUGAUGUUACAAUGAAAUUACAGUUUCCAUCAUUCAAUAACUGGAUUCCAAGUAACUCUGCCAUGAACAACUUCACAAGUUCAUUCACUUUUGUAUUAAAUUAUCCAACUACCAAUAGCAAAUUUUUAGUUACUGUUAAUGUCGCAACCAAUAAAGUUAUUUACUUUGCCGAUAUUGCACCAGGAGCUACUCCAUACGGUCUCAAGUACGACAGUGAUGUCAAUUCAUUGAAGUGUGUCCUCGCUGGAGCACAAAACAACACUUGGAUGGUCGGAGAAAUGGAUCCUGCAUCCGCUUCCUACGAUGUCUAUGAUACCGUGCAAGGUGUCUACAUUUCAUCUGGUCUCUCACCAUAUAACCACUCCUAUUUCUUUGUCUAUGGAUCGUUGGGUGCAUCAUCGAUCAGCAUGAACAGCUACGAUACUCGUUCCGGACAAUUACAAGACAGUGUUGAACUUUCAUUCCCAAGCAAUUUCAUUGGUGGACCAUUCAAUUUAUUAUAUGUACCAUCUAUGGAUAUUUUAAUUGGAGCUGCCAAGUUUAGCGAUGCUGCCAACAAUGUUGGUGACGACUACGUUCAAAUUGAUAUUGCUACUGGUGCUGUUAAGCCAUUGGGUGUCUUCAGACCACAGAUGGCUGCCACCAUUGUCUCGCAUGCCGCUCAUCAAGAUGUUAUUUACGCCAAUGUAAACUUUGCUGGUGACAACCUCAAUUUCGUUGCUUUGGAUUUGCAAACUAUGGUUUUGACAUCUGAAGUCGAAGUUGCCAAUAUUCUUUCAAUGGGAUAUUUCACCAAUGUCUAA